UAAGCAAAAACAAAAAAAGGAAGCUGAAAAAGAAACAGCAAAUUAGAAGGAAGAAAGCAGCUGGCUUAGUAUCAAAGGCCUCUGGAAUCAGCUUCAUGUACCAGCCUGAGGAGAGCAACAGUGAACAAGGAAAUGUAAGAGGUUCUGACUGGGAAGUUACAGACACUAACAAGGAAGAUGUCACAGACGCCAGCGAGGAAGACGUCACAGAUGCCGACAAGGAAGAUGUUAGAAUUACCAGUGAAAAGGCAGACAGUUUUCUAAACUUUCUGAAGUCAACACAAGAAAUUUAUUUAUAUGAAGGUAACUCCAAAGACAUAGACUCAGCCAUCUGCCUGGAGGCCACUGGAGAGCUGUUUCACCGUCUUGAGUCCCACAGCUUGCCUCCCUCAGAUGUGUUCAUUCUGGACCACAUGAAAACGCUAUUACUUUUCCAGGAUAUUGAGAGGUUGAAGGGUGCUCUGGCAGUGUUCCCAGAACGUUGCAUGAUGCCUCCUGACCAGGCCAGAGUAAUCUCAACUUUCUUUAAUUACUGGAUCACACAUAUCCUUCCUGAGAAAAACAGUGAGUAAAAUCAGUGUUUUUCUUUAAGAAGAGCUAAUAUUAAACAAGAAAAUAUAAAAGACAAAUAUGAACUGGGCUGAGAGAUAAUUCUUAUACACAAAGAAGAUUAAAUUCCCAAUUCUUUUUUUGUAACCCAAAUCCUGGGAACUUUGAAGACAUUUCUGCCAUAUUAUUUAUUCAUGUGUUUGUACAUAGCAGGUAAGAUGUCAUCUGAAACUUUAAGUAGAUAUUGGGACGAAAUUGGAAUUUUUCACGUAUUUGCAAUUACAUGUCUUGAAUUAUUACCUAAAACAUAAUUCUGUUUUUUCAAUAUCUGUAAAUAUUGAAAAUGGACAUUCUGUUAAUUUAAAUAAACUAGUGUGAAGCUGUUACAUAUUUUUAUAAAGUUUUAAAUCACCUUGUAUCUGAAAGUCUCUCUUCUAAGAAUGCUUUAUGAGUAUUAAAAAGUUCUAGUUUAUGUAGUUUGA